AGGCGGGGGCGGGGAUUAGCCGCUUGGUUUAUGUUUUGAGUGAAGCCAUACAUGUUUGGUUGAGCAUUGAAUGAGGGGCCAUCAUCCCGGCGGCUCUGUAGAGGAAUAUCCCCUCAAAAGUGUCUUUAAACGGCUUUAUGAUGAGGACACGGGCCUCUAUUACGGGCACCUGAGUGACACACACCGUCUGUGGACCUCCUCGGUGGGUUUGAAUUGUACCAGCUCCCAGUUGCUUGCCACUUGAGACAUCCAAGGACAAAUGCCUUAAGUUUCAUAUUAUAGAAACAUUGCAUUCGCUUACAGACCCCAACCAUUUUCUAUUUCCUUAUAUCCAACAUUUCACCGGUCUUCACAACACAUUACCAAUCCACCACACUCCAGCCACUAUGUCGUCCAUCCUGCCUUUCACUCCUCCGGUUGUGAAGCGCCUCCUGGGCUGGAAAAAGAGUCCGAGCGGGACCGGCGGCGCAGGCAGUGGGGGCAUCGGAGGCGUGGGGGAGCAGAAUGGAGGGGGACAGGAGGAGAAGUGGUGCGAGAAGGCUGUCAAGAGCCUGGUGAAGAAGCUGAAGAAGACUGGGCAGCUCGAUGAACUGGAGAAGGCCAUCAGCACACAGAACAGCAACACCAAAUGUGUCACUAUACCCAGCAAUUGCUCAGAUCUUUGGGGGCUAGGCUCAGGCCACACGAUAGAGCAGUGGGAGUCUGCAGGCAUGUACGGAUACCAGGACCACGGCAGGUCACUGGACGGCCGCCUCCAGGUGUCUCAUCGUAAGGGCCUGCCCCACGUCAUCUACUGCCGCUUGUGGAGAUGGCCCGACCUGCACAGCCACCACGAGCUGCGCGCCAUCGACACCUGCCAGUAUGCCUUCAACCUCAAGAAGGACGAAGUGUGCGUCAACCCCUACCAUUACCAGAGAGUGGAGACGCCUGUGCUGCCCCCAGUGUUGGUACCACGCCACACAGAGAUUCUGACCGAGCUUCCUCCUCUAGACGAUUUUGCAAAUUCUAUCCCUGAAAACACCAACUUCCCAGCUGGAAUCGACCCUCCCAACAAUUACAUACCAGAGACUCCGCCACCCGGAUACAUAAGUGAGGAUGGCGAGACCAGUGACCAGCAGAUGAAUCAAAGUAUGGAAUCAGGGUCUCCAUCAGAAUUGUCCCCAAGUACUUUAUCUCCAGUCAGCCAUGGACUAGACCUCCAGCCGGUCACCUACAGCGAGCCGGCGUUCUGGUGUUCUAUAGCCUACUACGAGCUCAACCAGCGAGUGGGAGAGACCUUUCACGCUUCGCAGCCAUCACUGACUGUCGAUGGCUUCACUGACCCCUCCAACUCUGAACGCUUUUGUCUAGGACUACUCAGCAACGUCAACAGGAACGCAACUGUGGAGAUGACAAGGAGGCACAUAGGUCGCGGCGUACGAUUGUAUUACAUUGGAGGAGAGGUCUUUGCCGAGUGCCUCAGUGACAGUGCCAUUUUUGUUCAGAGCCCCAACUGCAACCAACGAUACGGCUGGCACCCGGCCACAGUCUGCAAGAUACCAUCAGGCUGCAAUUUGAAGAUCUUCAAUAACCAGGAAUUUGCAGCACUCCUGGCCCAGUCUGUCAACCAGGGCUUUGAGGCUGUGUACCAGCUAACAAGGAUGUGCACCAUCAGAAUGAGCUUUGUGAAGGGCUGGGGAGCAGAAUACAGAAGACAAACUGUCACCAGCACUCCCUGUUGGAUUGAGCUCCAUCUCAAUGGCCCCCUCCAGUGGUUGGACAAGGUGUUGACUCAAAUGGGUUCCCCUUCAGUCCGCUGCUCCAGUAUGUCUUAAACUGAGUCAUCAAAUGCUGACACAUGUAAACAGGAAGUCAAAAAAGAGACAGAUCUGUCAAGUCCACUCCAAAAUGGGGGAAAAGACUAUGGAUCUUUGAUAGAUAGACGGGAUAAACACGGAUCAGUGUGGGCCAAACGUCAGCGUGACAUUCCAGUCAUCUCGGGACAUAUUCAACCUUUACAAUUUCCAAACUAAUUGAUGUCAUAAUGGACCAAACGUUUUUACUGGAUGCUCCAAAACACUAAACACAGUGUCGACAGAACUGUUUUGGCAGUAAUUUAUGCAUGUAACUCACUCAACAUACUUAGUAGGCUCAUGUCACCUUGUUAUUCCAUGCAGUUUGUCGUUUUCUUUUGCAGAAACAUUCAUAUAGAAGGCUUUUUCUCGGGUUACCUUUUUAAACCAAAGCCAACUAACAGCAACCUAUCAAUUAAUAGAGAUUUUAAAUCAUUAAGUCAUUUUAUUGGAAUAUUUGUCAAUGACCAGCCCAAUAUUAUCAAUGUUAUUUUUAUUUUUUUCUGAGUGACCGAUGUUGAAACGAGUUUUGGCCAGAUUUGGCUUAAAUGAUGUAGAUGCCUUCUUGAGUGGCUAACCAGCAAACAUAACUGGAAUGUAUAAGCUACAGGCUAUUGAAAACAACUGUGUCGAUUGACUCAUGAUAAUUAGACGCAAAAAUCUACAAAAUUUUCCCAGUUUUCUAUAGUUCUUUGAGACCCAACAAAUUGCACUAUACUUUACUUUUGCACAUCCUUUUUAUUAAUAAGGAAUGUGCAGUAUGGACCUUCACAUUUUUGAUUGGCACAAUGUCCUAAACUAACAUGCAGUAUUGUCAUCUGGUCUUUGCAACAUCUAGUUUUACUACUGAUGUUCUUAACAGCUUCUAUACUGUUAUUGCACUGCCCCAAAAAUAUGCACCCUUAAUAAUGUUACAUGAGUGUUGCAAAAUAUGCAGCGAGGAAUGUUUAUGAAGCCCAAUGAAAGGCGGAAAUGGCAGAUAUUUUUUAUACAUAAUUUGUGAAAGAAUUCUAUGCUCUUUUUUGACCUACAUGCCCUUGUUGAAUUGGCUUUUAUGCUGUUUUGAAAUGUCUAAAUUGGAUUUUCUCUGAUCUAUAACCAGCUUGUUCAGUAUUGUUCAGAAUUCUACACCCAAAUCUUUCAAGUAUUUAAGCUUUAAACGACAAGCUAGGUAAACCACAAAUUAAUAUUACUUUACACAUUCUUUGUAUUUUCUUAUAUUUUCUAUAUAUAUAGAUCUAUUUAAAAUUUCCCACUUUUCUUUAGAAAUCAGUAUUUUAGAGUAUGCCCUUUAUUGCCUGUUAUUUUACAAUAUCACAGCAUGAUGAAGUAAUAAUAAACAUGAUGUACUAUAUAUUGCAUUUCCACUGAAAAAAAUGAAGUGCGAGCUUUUUGGACACAAUUGGCCUUAAGAUGCCCCAAUUAUGCAAUUUCUGGAAAAGUGGCUGUUUUGGUUUAAAUCAGCUUGUUUGUUAGUACGUACAAAGUAUUCCUUUGCUGACAAGAUGGAUAAGAAUAUGGUCUUGUAUGGCAAAGGCCUUUCUACAACUGCCAGCUGUAAAAAUGGUGGGCUCAAUUGUCACAAAUUAGUGUUUGUUUUUUUUUUCUUUUAUACCGAACAUAUUAUUGAAGACUGUAUAGAUUAAACUUUAAAAAAAUCUGAUGUAUUAAUCAUUACAUUUUGCCUUUCAACAGCUCUGGCAUUAAAAUGACUGUGGGUGUGUUUAAAUGCGUACAGGACAGUGUAAUAUUGGUCUUGGUCCCGUCACUAAAAAUAUAGCACUUGUUUGGGCACCCAAGCAAUUAUGAAUUUUGUUAAAAUAGGACCUUACAUGUAAAUAAGCCUAUAAUGUAUGUAAAUAACGUAAAAGGCAAAGAGGCUACACCUUAACGGCUUAAAGCUCGUAAGAGCCAAUUUUAUAGCCUUUAAGAAUGUUGUUACCUCAUCAAAAACAUACCUGGAGUUAUGUUUUGUUUCAUUCACACAUGAUUGAGUAACCCUUUAUUAUUGGUUUGUCUACAUCGCCAAUGCUGAAAAUGCUGUGAUGUCAGCAGUCUUCAGGUAAAUUGCUACCUUUUACCUUUUUUCAGUAGAGAUGGGGCAAUUCCAUGACUGAAAUUAUCUAAAUGAUUCUAGUGAAGGUGUAUGGAGCUUAAAAACACUGUUGAUCCUUCCUUUAUUACCACAUGACAUCACAAGGUAGAGCAAAGUGCUUUCUGCGUGUGAAGGAAACAAAACGCAUGUCCAGGUAUGUUUUCGAUGAGGAAGCUACAUCAUAACAGAUCAGAAAAUGGCAUAAUAUAGGCCCUAAUUCAGGGUAAAGCACUCAUUAUAGCCUACAUUUGUCAAUAUUGGACCAUUGAGUCGCAUGUAAACACAUUCACCUUUUGCUAUUUCCAAUUGCAUUAUCUUUUAAAAAUGUACUUUAGUCUGUACAAUUCCCGUAAAUAUAGAUUUUUAUGUGAAAUGGUUUGAGUUCUGCAUUGCAAUCAUAUUUGUGGUUCAGGACAGACAGGCAAGGUAAACACCAGCAUUUCAAGAAACCAUUUUAUUGAAUAGCGAAAACUCUAUGGCUGCUGGCCUACAUUUGUACUUGGAGGGGCUUCACAAUAUUUGGGUAAUUGAAAAGCAUUAAUGGGUUAAGUACCGUAUUGUAUUCACUCUCUGUAACCCCACAGUUAUUAAAUAGUCCAAUUGUUGCCCACCUGCCACCUCCAAUUAGCCUAUUUUCUUCAAUAAGACCAACCGAUGCAUUUUUUUUCUUCUUUCAGCUCUGUUUUAAUUUGAUCUUUUUAUAAUUUGUAACAUUGUCUCCAAGCGGCCCAACUCUGCUCGGGAUUCUGCUAUUCUGAAAUGGGUGCCUUUGGGGGAAAGAAUUUCUUGUCAUGUCUUGUGAUGUUGAUGUAUAUUAUUUCAUGCAUCCAUGUUCUCUUUUUCUGUCGACUAUGUAUAUUGCAUUAUUAUAGACAAUCUUAGGUUUUCUGUCUUCAUCCUAUCAAACUUCACUUUCACCACUAUUCAGACAUCUUACAGUGUAACUAAUAAAGCUGUUUUAAAUCAA